UCCGAGGGUCGGCCAAUAUGGCCCAUAUACCAUGCUGUCUUCAUAGCAAGUGCUUUAACUGUUUCGAUGAAAACCAUUCUACGUACAACGACAAUGGAUGAGAGGCACAGGAAUGACACGGAGCUGGAACGUGAAGCUCAGUCCGCUCUAGACAAUGGAACCACGCCGGAAAGCCAAUUGAAUGGAAACCAAGCGUUUCCGCCUCCAAAAAAUAGCCCAGAUAGCUCUCUCACAACAAGUUUUGAAGGCGAAUCUGGCGCUGCACCGAUGAAACCUGACCAGGCCGCAAAUAAUGCCUCAUCCCCUGAAGCCGCGCGCACGACGCUCGAGACAGCAAUUAUUAUGGGCUCGCUCGGCAUAUCUGUCUUCCUCGCUGCUCUGGACAAUACGAUAAUCACCACCGCCCUACCCACAAUAUCAGAACAUUUUCACUCAAAUGCAGGCUAUACCUGGAUUGGCUCCGCGUAUCUCCUUGCAAAUGCAGCCUCUACACCUUCAUGGGGAAAAUUCUCUGAUAUCUGGGGUAGGAAGCCCAUUCUGCUCGCCGCGGCGGCUAUAUUCUUUAUCGGCUCUCUCCUCGCUGCAACAGCAGUGAAUAUUGGGAUGUUGAUUACUGCGCGAGCGAUUCAGGGAACGGGUGGAGGAGGGCUAAUUGUCUUGGUGAAUAUUUGUAUAAGCGAUUUGUUUAGUAUGCGGGAUCGGGGUAAAUAUUUUGGGGUCAUUGGGAUGGUGUGGGCGUUUGCUUCUACGAUAGGUCCGAUACUAGGAGGGGUGUUCACGGAGAAAGUCAGCUGGAGGUGGUGUUUUUAUAUCAACUUACCCAUUACUGGCACUGUUAUUAUCCUACUUUUCUUCUUCCUACACCUACAUAAUCCGAGAACACCUGCCUGGGAAGGAUUAAAGGCUGUGGAUUGGGCUGGCAGCCUACUGAUUGUUGGUGGGACAUUGAUGCUGCUCCUUGGACUCGAAUUUGGAGGAGUCGCAUUCCCCUGGAACUCUCCAAAAGUAAUAUGCCUUAUUGUUUUUGGAGUGGUUGUGGCAGUCCUAUUCGUCCUCAACGAAUGGAAAUUCGCACAAUAUCCGGUCAUGCCACUCCGACUCUUUAAGCACACCUCCAACAUCGCCUCCCUCGGUGUCUGCUUUUGCCACGGUUUCGUCUUCAUCGCGGUAUCUUACUACCUACCUCUCUACUUUCAAGCCGUUUUAGGCGCCACGCCCCUUCUCUCAGGACUCUAUCUGCUUCCAUUCGCGCUCUCCCUCUCGGUUGUCUCAGCGGGGACAGGAAUCUGGAUAAAGAAAACCGGCAAAUACCUCAUCGCAAUCUUGUUCGGUUCGAUUAUUUUUCCUCUCGGAAUAGGUCUCCUCAUUGAUCUAGAUGUCGACAAAACUUGGGUUAAAAUUAUAAUCUUCCAAAUUAUCGCUGGCAUUGGUGUGGGACCGAACUUUCAGUCACCUCUCAUUGCCCUACAGACCAUGGUGAAGCCAACAGACAUUGCUACUGCUACAGCAACUUUCGGAUUCAUACGUAACCUAUCAACGUCGAUAUCGGUAGUGAUCGGCGGAGUUGUUUUCCAAAAUGAAAUGGAAAGGCGCCACCCAUCUCUCGUUACUUCGCUUGGGGUGGGAACCGCAAACGCCCUGAAAGGUGGCUCAGCGGGAUCUAGCGUUAGUUUGGUGAACCAACUUCCCCCACCACAACAAGUUAUUGCACGGCAAGCGUUUUUCGAGAGUUUGAGGACAAUGUGGAUUAUGUAUGUAGUGUUUGCGGGCGUGGGCCUGCUAUUUUCCUUCUUUGUUGGGAAUCAGAUAUUAAGCAAGGAGCACCAAGUUACGAGGACGGGACUUACGGAGCAAGAAAAAGCGAGGAAAGACCAUGUUGAUGAGGAGAAGGCGGUAGGGGGGACUACGGGGAUAUCAAAUGAGGAGGUUUGAUGAAUUUCUCAUGAUAUAGGAUUUGAUUUAAGCGUAUUUAGAUUAAAAAAAGCGCGUUGGGUUGGGGUCAUAUUAUGGUAAUCAUACUACGGAAAUGGUGUUUGGGAACAGUUAGACACGAGGCACCAUUUAAUACCUACAUAAUAAUUGCAAAUAAAACUGGC